UAUUCAUUUGUAGUCUUGUUGUUUAUUCACUCCAGAAAUACAGUAAACCCCGGAGAGUUUCGCAAUUGAACCAGCAGAGUCGACAUUCAAGCUACGAAAUAAAAACUUCAAAAAUGGAUAUUACAGUGAAAAAUGCCAUUCUGAAGAUUUCCAAGGCUGAAGCCGUGAGGAAAGAAACUGAACUGCUGAUGAAACCUUACGCUAACUGGGAAGAAUACCUGAUGCCUGGUCCACUCUCUAUAGCUAUUUUAGGAGAGCUUGUCUUUAUUUCUUCCAAUACAGAUUUCUCUAUAAAUAAAAAUCCGCCAAAGAGUGGGUUCAAGUACAUCAAAUACCCUGAUUCGUUCCGAGCCUCUCUCAUGCAGGUCAGCAAUUCAGGGUGGAUCGCCUUCAACGAGGCCCACAAGAACAUGGACCAAAUCCGACUCCACUCCAACAAUGUACCAAGCUACAUGAAAAUGACAGUGAAGACACUUCUUCAAGACAAUAUUCAAAUCGUCCAGGCGUUACUCCCAGGUCAACUUGAAAACAUAAGAACAAUCGCCGAUGAGUGCACAAGGCUUGCAGAGUCAACAGAGAAGAAAUUCACUGAUGUUAUUCUCCUCAUCCAGGAAAUGUUAGAGGCCUGCUUGAACUCAAAGCAAUGUUACGAAGAAGACGUCAAGGAGGUCCAGUUGAAAUUGGAGGAAGCAAAGUUGAAGAAAGAGUCGGCAGAGAAAGCCAAAGCAAUGGCAGAAAAAAAUUUUGGUAAGAUGGACAAGCAACUGGAUGAAGUCCAUAAACAGUUCACAUCAGCGAUGGAGUCCAUGCCCAAUGGUUGGGAAAUGAUAGGCAUGACCUUUGUGGAAGGAUUGACAAAUACGGUUAAUGAAGCUGUGUCUGGUUUUUUGGCAGUAUCUUCAGGACCUUCCAAAAUUGUGCCUUUAGUAAAAAAAUCUAUUGGAGAGAAGCCAGCAGAGUCUAACCCCUUUGCAGCAAACAAUAUUUAUUCCAAAUCAGGGCAACUCCUGAAACUGGCAGAGCAGAUCAACAGCUUUGUGGACAAAGACAAGAUCAAAUGGAGUGAAGUGUAUGACCAAAAGACAAGCUCUGCAAAAUCCUCCUGGUUGAAGAAGCAGCUCCAAAACAUUGAAAGUUCACUUAAAAGUGAAGAAAACUGCCAGGCUAAAGAGAAGUCAGUAGUGGUUUGUAAGGAUGCCAUGUCUAUCUGUGACCUCUUGACAGAAUUCGCACCCAAAAACAACUGUAAACCAGAACAGGAGAAGGAUCUCAUUACCAAGAUCCAGAACCUGAAAGCACAGACUGAGCAGCUUGACUCCGAGAGCAAGGCUUUCACAAAUUCUUCAAGCUUUUCUGCCACUCCACCACAAAUGGCCCAAAACACACAAAGUGGUGGCAAAAAAAGUGCUGCCCAAAUGGCAACAGACAACGCCCGUUUCCGUAUAGAGCAAAGCCGAGCCCAGCUGGAGAAAGUCCAAGAGAUGUACCAGAAAAGUAUGGAAAACCUUGAGAAGAACAACAAGGAACUGUCAGAUAUUCUGGUCACAAUGAGAAGCUGCGAGAUUAAGGAAAUUGACUUCAAUACAACUGUGAAGAUGCUGGUGAAGGGCCUUGAUGCAAUGGGACGGGUGAAGGAGCAAUGGGAAAAAAUGGUCCGGUUCUUCCAGAUGAUCUCCAAUUUAAUCAACACCUGCCUCAACACGUCUCUGAAGAGGUUUAUCUCUACUGCUGAUAACAUUCAAGGUAUACAAGGCUAUUCCUCCAACGCCUUUAUAAAAGACAUGAUUUACACCCAGGCUUUCAAUGCUUCUAACAUUGCCAACCUGGUCUACAUGAUCUCAGGAACCUACACAGAGGUCUCCAGUAAGUAUCUCAUGGACCGAGUCAGCAGCCUUGGGAAGCUCAUGGCCUUAGAUCCCAAAAACCCCACCUUUGAAAGAGAGCGUGCAAAAUUGGCAAAUGACUGUGACUCUGCACAGAAUGAAAUCUAUAAACUUGUGUUGAAGAGGAAAGAGGAGUUUGAAAGGGACUCAAAGAAGAGAGUUGAUAUGAUUGAUCAGGAGCUACUGGCAGUGUUGCCCCCAGCUUCGGAUGAAGAGAUUAAGAAAAUCAAAGACAACGUCCAAACAGGGAUGAAGGAGAUCACUGCUGCAGAGGAGGAUCAGUUUGAAUAAAGAGGGUAUUUUCAACUGUGCAAAAUAUAGACAAGCUUGGCAUUCUAAUUCACAGGAAUUAGUUUCCAUUAUACAGCUUAGUUAUACUUGAAACGUUAGUUAUAUAGCUUACUUAUAAUUGUACUUUUUAUUUUAUGCCAUGCAUUCAGGUCUUCUUCACAACAGCAAAUCAUAUAUUCACUAAAUGUUAUAUUUUGGACAUACAUGUUUUAUAUGUGAGACCAUCUGGCUCUCCUAAGCUUGUCAAGUUCCUAGUUGCUGAUUGAUCUCAAAACUUUGUCAGUAGUAGUUUUAGGGUCUCCCUAUCAACCUCCAUUUAACCCCCCAUCUCUGCAACUGCAUCCAGCAAAACACUCCAAUAAAAAAAUAAUUUUGCGAUUCAAAAAAAUAAAGAGGAAUGUCUGCAACUAGGAGCACCACUGGAAAGGAGACUAGGCUGUCCAACCACAUCAAGAAAAGUGACCGCUCUGCAUUAAGAGGACGUCUGCCUACAGAAUGGAGCCUGGACUUUGUAGCGAACCUUUGUUCGCCAUCAUAUCCACUCUACAACUGAAAUAGUAUUUCUGAAAUUUAACUAAAGAGAUCAAAAGAUUAUCAACUGUACCUGGGUGGAAAACACAGUAAAUGCAUGUUAAAGAUAAAAGUAAAAGGGUGUGGCCAUUAGCUGCUUUUUAUAAUCAAAAGGGGUAAGGCUUGAUAAAAUAUAUAAGUAAUACAAAGACCUGAUAGAGGAUAUAAUAAGCUGUGGUGUUUUCUUCAAGAAUAAAUAAAGGUUGGGGGUAUUAAAUUGAUUUGCCGUGGUUCCAAUUAAGUAGGUAUCAUUUUUACAACCCAUUGAGAGUCAAGUAUGAUUCUGUAAUAUGUUAUCCUGCUGACUGGAAUUCACUGAAUUAUAUUCUGAUGUUUAUUGACUCAUAUUUACUCAAACUGCAGUAUUAUAAGAUGACUGAUGAAAGCUGGUGUUUAUAUGCUGUUGGGAUUGACACUAAAGGGUGAGUGUUUUGCAGCUUGAUGUACUGAUCUGUGCAGUUUUGAUAUUAACAUUCUUUUAUAUCUGUGUAGCGUUCUAAAAAUUGAUUAAAAAAAUCCCUAAAAGAUA